CUGUUUAGGAGCUGUUAACUUUCUAAAGCGAAAAUCAUGUGAAAUGGAGCUCCAGGAAAAAGUACCUGUGCCGAUAUUUACAGAAGUAGAUAAGGACGUGUUUCUGCGAGAGAUUUAUCCAGAGCGCAGACCAGCCGUGCUGAGAGGCGUGUGUCUCGGAGCAUGCCUGGAGAAGUGGACCGUUGAAUAUCUUGGACGGAAAGGGGGAGACAGGGAAGUGAAGAUUCACGUAUCCACUGUGCCACAGAUGGACUUCCUUCACAAAAACUUUGUUUACAAGACUCUGCCAUUCAAGGAAUUUGUGAAAAGGGCAUCUGAAAAAAAACACACUGAUUUCUUCCUGUGUGAGGAUGAGAGCUAUUAUCUUCGAUCACUGGGAGAGGACGUACGAAAGGAACCUGCUGAUCUGAGCAAACAGUUCCCAGACUUGGCAGAGGAUUUCCACAUCCCACAGUUCUUUGAACCCGUUCAGUUUUUCUCCAGCGUCUUCCGCAUCAGCUCCUGUGGUCUGCAGCUGUGGACACACUACGACGUGAUGGACAACCUGCUGGCUCAGGUGACCGGGAUGAAGAGAGUGGCUCUCUACAGCCCCCAGGAUGCAUUGCACCUCUACCUGUCAGGUGAUAAAUCAGAGGUCCUGGACAUCGACUCCCCAGACCUGAAUCGGUUUCCUGAGUUUGUGAAGGCAAAGAGAUACGAGUGUGUGCUGGAGCCUGGAGAUCUACUUUUUAUCCCCGCCCUGUGGUUCCAUAACACCCUGGCACUGCAGUUUGGUGUGGGUGUAAAUGUAUUCUGGCGCCAUCUGCCGGCUGCCAGCUACGACAGGAAGGACCCGUACGGUAAUAAAGACCCUGCGGCUGCCACUCGAGCCCUGCAGGCCCUGGAGAGAGCACUGCACACUCUGGAUGAGCUCCCGGCAGAUUAUCGGGACUUUUAUGGGCGCCGAAUGAUACAGCGCAUUCAAAAGCGGACGUAUUGUGACAAUGUGUCGAGCACAACUACACAGGACGCCACAUUACCCAGCAGUUAGCCUCGCAUUGCCAGACCUUCUUCCACAGCGCUGUGGAGGAGGGUCUGGCUAGUCCACUCAACGUUCCUGGAUGGG